AUGGCCACCAACGGCCAGCCGGCGGCGGCGGUCGCCACCAUCGAUGACCUCCCUCAAAACAUGCUGCUCGAUAUCUUCCUCCGCCUUCCCUCCCUCGCGGACCUCGUCCGCGCCGCCUGCACCUGCCUGCCCUGGCGCAACCUGGUGACCAACUUUCCCCCCUUCCGCCGUCAAUUCAUCGACCUCCACCCGGCGCCCCUCCUCGGCCUCUUCUUCGACACGCCGUUUCAGGCUGUCCCCGGCAUCCCCGCCUUCGCCCCCGCCCACCGGAAUGAUCCGGAGCUCGUGGCCGCCAUCUUGAACGGUGACUUUUUCCUCACCACCCUCCAGGCGCGCGACGGCCCGGAAGCUAACUGGAGCUUCCUCGACGCCUGUGGCGGCUACCUUCUCCUCAUCAAAGAGGAUGAGGUAUUGCUCCUGCUGCUAAACCCCUUGGCACGGUGGUGCGAGCGGUUCUUUGAUCUGAGUGACUCCCGCAUCUUCGACGACGACGACGACGACCGCGAAGGCGAUCCUCAACUCCUUUACGCCGGCCUGAUCUGUGAUGACGAAAGCCCCGCGAGCUUUGGCAUCUUCUGUCUUGCUGCACAUGGAGGGUUCAGGUUGCGGGCUACGGUCUUCUUCUCAUUCUUGGGAAUGGGCGGCGAUUGGUUCCUCUCCCCAUGGUUGGAUGUCCCGCACCAUCCCAACCCCCACCCGGAAGGUGACGAAGAUGACGAAGGUGAUCUUGUGCUUGAGAGCGGCAUGCGAGUGGGUUUUUGCAGCUCGAUCCUUGGCCAAAUUAACGGCGAUAACAUGUGCAUUGCUUAUUCAAAUGGAUUCAACAUCGGUUUCAUGCUGCGUCAAGAAGAUGGCCUUGAUGCUGGGGCAUGGGCUAACAGCAGGGUAUUCAACCUGACUGAUCAAGUUCGACGGAAGCUUGGGUACUUACCCCAGAAUGGGCUGAAAAUUGCGGCAAUGCGGGGUAGCAUAGUGUACUUCACAACAUCACAGAUGUUCCAUCCGCUCGAGGCCACUUGUUGGUUCGCUUGUCUGUGCUUGGAAAGUCGCAGGCUGGAGUGGUUGUUUCCGAUGACGUAUAAUGGUCUCUUCCAACCAUACCACCAUUCAUCGUGGAGUACUUUUCUGUUACCAGAGAAUGAAAGAUUUUAUCCCUUCAUAUGA